AUGGAUAAGAAGAAAGUUGUGGCUCCAUUGGUCUGCCAUGGUCAUUCUCGCCCGGUUGUUGAUGUGUUCUACAGUCCAGUAACGCCCGAUGGGUUCUUCCUUGUCAGUGCAAGCAAGGAUUCAACACCAAUGCUGAGAAAUGGAGAGACUGGAGAUUGGAUUGGGACUUUUCAAGGACACAAAGGUGCUGUAUGGUCUUGUUGCUUGGAUAAAAAUGCGCUGCGUGCAGCCUCUGCAUCUGCUGAUUUCUCUGCGAAAUUAUGGGAUGCAUUGACUGGAGACGAGUUGCAUUCAUUUGAGCACAAGCACAUUGUUCGUGCUUGUGCCUUCUCAGAGGAUACCCACUUUCUGCUUACUGGAGGAAUGGAAAAAGUUCUUCGCAUAUAUGAUUUAAAUCGGCCAGAUGCACCUCCCAGGGAAAUUGAAAGGUCUCCUGGUUCUGUGAGAACUGUUGCUUGGCUACAUAGUGAUCAAACAAUUUUAGGUUCCUGUACUGACAUGGGUGGUGUAAGGUUGUGGGAUGUGAGAACCGGCACAAUUGUUCGGACGCUUGAGACCAAGUCCUCUGUAACCAGUGCUGAGGUUAGUCAAGAUGGCCGCUAUAUAACAACUGCAGAUGGGUCUACUGUCAAUUUCUGGGACGCAAAUCACUUUGGAUUGGUAAAGAGUUACUCAAUGCCCUGUGGUGUGGAAUCAGCUUCUUUGGAGCCAAAAUAUGGUAACAAGUUUAUUGCUGGUGGAGAGGAUAUGUGGAUUCAUGUUUUGGAUUUUCACACAGGAGUCGAAGUUGGUUGCAACAAGGGGCAUCAUGGUCCAAUCCAUUGCGUUCGUUUCUCGCCAGGUGGCGAAUCAUAUGCCUCGGGAUCUGAAGACGGGACCAUCAGAAUAUGGCAGACUGGUCCAACUAACAAUGUCGAGCAAGAAGCUUCCGGAACCAGUUUAUCCGAGGUUAUUACUCAGCAGGUUGAGAAUGUGCACAUCACAGAUGAAGAUAAACCCAAUCAAAAGUCGACAGAGGCAUACUGA